UCCAAGUCUAGCUUUUUUGUCCUGGUAAUGGCAUCCACAUGAUUCUUGAUUUCCUCCAAUGUCAUCUGUCGGUCCUGGAUACACUUGGGGCUGUUGACCGUCUCAGCCGCGAGAUCUGUGGCUGGGUCCCAAAGAGCCCAUUGAAAGUCCUCUCGUGUCAGAGUUUUGCGCUCCCGUCAUGGACAUAUAAACAUGUGACCCUGCAUCUCAAUGGUCUGGCAGCCAGACAACGGGCAUAAACGCAUCUGUGGUUUAGGGUAUGCAUUGGGGUAUCAUUUACACUGUUCGUUUGCUAUAGGCAGUGAGCGCAGAAGCAUCCUUAAUGCAAAGGAGCAAUGGAUGGAAUUCCUUGUAUUGGUGAUGUUACCAGGAGUUCUUGUGAUUCCAAACACCCUUUCUAUUCACUGCCACAUUCAUCGCCCAGAGGAUGGUGGUGACUAUCGUGGAUGAGGUCUUUGGCAGCCAUUCAAAGGCCAGAAGCAAUGGUUGUACUGUUGAUGUUGACAUUGC